GGGAGGAACGUCCGCGCUUCCUUCACUAAAACAUCGUUAAAACCGCGAUGUAGAACAGAUGCAUUUAAACGGGUUUCUGUGUAAAUCUCAUCUUGAAAUGUAAUGUGUGCUUUUUAUGUGACGGAUGGUGAAUAAAAAUUUACAGUGUUGUGUUUUGGUGCGUGUAAAACUGAGUCUUUGCUUGGAUACCUACUGGAAUUGACAGAUCAUUCCUCGUGCCAAUCCACAAUAAGUUAAAUGAACAGACUCUAAUGAGACAAAACGGAGGUGAUAGUGAUGUGCCAGUGCGGCUGUGUUGUGUUUAUCGAUAAUUACCGGUUUUCCGUGCGAUAGUGUCGUGCCACCAUCGACAAUGCGGUGUGCACUGUUCUGUGUGUUUGUUUGUCUCCUGCAAUGUGUGGUGUGCCAACAGGAAGUUCUUAUAGAGGAAUCAUCCAACAUCGAGUCCUUCCACGCGCCGACAGGCGGCGCUGUGGAGCUGCCCUGUGACGUCACCCCAGCCUUGCCUGAAGACAGGAUGGGUCUGGUCAUAUGGUACAAGCAGGGUCACGAGACGCCUAUAUACUCGUUGGACACUCGGGAAGGCGUGACGUCACACUGGUCCGACCCCUCCACCCUGGGCUCCAGAGCCAGCUUCAGGAGCGAGACGAGACCGGCCGUUCUCAUACUCACAAAAUUAAGACCCGAAGACAGCGGUCAGUACCGAUGCAGAGUGGACUUCAUCAAAUCCCCCACCAAGAAUACGAGACUCAACUUGACUGUGCUUAUUCCACCGGAGAGGCUGAUCAUCCUCAACCAAGAAGGUAAUGAGGUCACCAACGGAGUGCUGGGCCCUUACGACGAGGGCACCGAGGUCAACCUGACCUGUGUCGCUGUUGGAGGUCGACCUACAGCGCGGGUGUCGUGGUGGAAGUCCCACGCUCUGCUGGCCAACUCAGAAGCCCGAGCUACAGUCUCCUUCAGACUGCACAGGUCUGAUUAUGGCACGGAUGUCACCUGUCAGGCCGUGACGGAUCCAUCGAUUACGCCGGUCUCCGAGAACCUCUCCAUUGACAUCAAUCUGCACCCGCUCUGGGUGAAGCUUCAAGGUGGAAAGCGCCCCCUGGUGGCUGGCCAGAGCACCGAGCUGGUCUGCCAAGCCGUCGGAGCCAGGCCCAAACCAACCAUAUCCUGGUGGAAAGGCGGAACGAGGCUCAAGACUGUAAGGGAAACUUCAUCACCAGACGGCAACGUCACCAACAGCAUCCUGACUUACGUCCCGUCGAUCGACGACGCGGGCAGAGUCCUCUCCUGCCGAGCUGUGCAGCCCGCGCUGUCAAAUAUCCCACAGGAAGACGGGUUCAGGAUGGAGAUACAACAUCUGCCAGUGGUGAAAUUGCAGUUGGGCGCCAACUUGGACGCCGGUAAAGUCGUGGAAGACUCCGACGUUUAUCUCGACUGCAGGGUAAAGGCGAACCCGUGGCACACACAUGUAUAUUUCUCUCACAAUGGAGCGAUGGUGAAGCCCGGUCCGGGAGUUCUCCUGGCCAACCAGAGCCUGGUCCUGCAGCACGUGGCGAGGAAGGCAGCCGGGGGGUACGUGUGCACCGCCAGGAACAGCCUGGGGGAGGCGUCCAGCGAACUCCUGGUUUUGGAUGUCAAAUACGCACCCACGUGCAGAUCGACCCAGCCUGUAGUGAUGAGGGCGGCGCGAGGUGAGGUCGUCGAAAUUGAGUGUGACCUUGACGCAAAUCCUAAGGAGCCGAUGACAUACCACUGGUGGUUCAACAGCUCAGCUCACAGCAAACACGAAUUGACUACAUCGUCUAUAACACACUCCACCUUGCCCGGCACUUUCCUGUACAUGGUGAACAAUUCAGCUGAUUACGGCUGGGUUCAAUGCUCCGGCACCAACGCUGUGGGCAGGCAGAUCAAACCCUGCUUGUACCACAUCCUACCUGCUGACAAGCCGUCAACUCCGAAAGCCUGUGAGAUUACAAACGUGACAUAUGACUCUUUAACCCUCAACUGCACUCCGGGCCACGACGGGGGUAUAAAGCAGGCUUUCCUGCUUCAGGUAUUCGACAUGACAACUGGCCUGCUCCUGCGCAACGUGACGUGUGACGAGCCAGAGUUUGAAGUGUCAGGAUUAACAGCUAGCAACGCACUGGCUGUUUCAGUGAGAGCCUUCAACAAGAAGGGAGCGAGCGAACCUCUCACUCUGACGUCGAGUUUGUUGAAAUACCCUCAGAGGCAUACUGCUCAAGUGCCCGUGAAAGUUGAGCUAACGACAGUGCUGAUUAUCGUGCUGGGGGCGGUGGGAGUCAUCGCAGCAAUGACAGCUGUCUCCGCUGUCGUAUUCUGCUGCAAAUACUGCAACAAAAAGGACAAUAAAAAUGAGAAAAAUAAAAGGCAGCAGGAUGAAACCUCCAACAUUCCGCUGACAGGCACCAAGGAAUCAGAGAGUGUUGACAGUUUGGAUAAAAACCCUGACAUAAUACCGCUAGAUGGAAAAAUAAGCGACAGCUGCUCAAACAAGUCUUCUACAACAGAUUAUAGUUCAAUUAGACCUUUAAUAUCAAAAACACCGACAGAAAAAUACGAAAUGAGUCACAACGAUCGAUUUUAUGACCACAGCAUAGACACUUGUAACCAAUAUAUACAAGUGAGGGAUUAUAGGGUUCGCCCGAUGUACCAAGGGAAUUUGACGCCAAUGCCCAACCUUGGACCAAGCAUACAAAGUUUGGGGCCAAUGAGCAGUCUGCAUAUGCCAAAUGUUGGCCCAAAUGAUUGCCAUAGACAGCAGUAUGACAAAGUAUACGAAGAUUGGUUGAAGUAUAAAAAUGCUUUGCCUUUAAAUACUAGUGGGUUGUUACCAGCCGAACAGCUGAUGCCGCCGGAAAUGUACUCCACACCCCCACCACCAGCCCUCUACAGUAACCCAAACAGGAACCCACUAAAUCUAGCCCAAAUGCCAGACCUGGAACACAGGUAUCACUUGGAACCUAGGUCUUUGGUUAUGGACUCGAGGAGUUGUUCAAAUUCUCCACCCGUUAGAUUCAACACAGAUAAUAGUGUGUAUUACAAUAAGAACGUUCUAGAAAGGCCUACGAAUACGUUACCUCAUUUAAAACCCUCUAGGGUUAAUGGAAACUCGUCUCAUCAAGCAUGUGAAGCUAAAACGAGUUCUACAAAAGCAACAGAAACGAAUUUAGAUCACAUCAAAGUGAACCAGGAGAGUUAAAGUGUAUACACAAUGUGAGUGCGGCUUUGUGCUUUUGACAUUGACAGUUAAAAUUUUGACAUUGACAUUAGAAGUUAAAAGUGAGUUUGGAGCACGGAAGUACAUAAUAUCUGGAAGGCAAAAUACAAAAUAGAAAUUUGAGAACGAAAAAAAUGUUUGGAUUGGAUUUUUUUUGGUUCAAUCUCUUUUCAAUCAGACAUUUACGAAAAAAAAAUAUUCUUUACAAUCUUAUGGGAUCGAAAAUUAAAAAAACAAAUGUUGUAAUUUUAUAAGUGUGACUUUCAGUUAAUUUGUACCAUUAAUAUGACCCGUCCGUCAUGAACAAAACUGAUCAUAAUAAAUUAAUAAAUCACGUAAUUACAUUACUAGGUAUUAACAAAUUUGAGAAUGUGUCCCUAUUUUUUAAAUGUAAUUUUUUUAUGAUCAAUGUUUUUUUUCAUAAUUUUUUUUCUUGAAUCAAUCAAUAGGGAAAAUGAUAAAUAGGUAACAUAAUCAAAGCGUGUCUGAAUCACUGCCAUUCAAUAAAUAUUGUUUUAUCUACAUAUAUCAAUAAUAAUUUGUAAAUUAGAAUUGGAAACGCUAGAAACACUAAAACUAUUUAAAUUAUUUCAAAAUAUAUAACACAUUUUUUCUUAGAUGUAUGUAUAUUAAUUGUGGGUACGACAAGUUUACUUCUCAUUUUAAUUUUUGACAACUAGCGUAAUUUCUUAAAAUGCUAGUAAAUCUUAAAAAGUGCGACACGAGAAUCUUAUAAUAUAUAAAAUUCUCGUGUCACAAUGUUCGUUUCCGUACUCCUCUGAAACGGCUUGAUGGAUUCUCAUCAAAUUUUGUGAGCAUAUUGAGUAGGUCUGAGAAUCGGCCAACAUAUAUUUUUCAUCCCCCUUAGUGAUAAGGGUUGUCCACCCUUAACCAUUUUUUUUAGGUUUACCAACUUGGGAUCCUAUUUUAGGCGAUGGGCUAGCAACCUGUCACUAUUUGAAUCUCAAUUCUAUCAUUAGACCAAAAAGCUAAGCGUGGCCAAUCAGUCUUUUCAAGACUGUUCUCUGUCUACCCCGCAAGGGAUAUAAACGUGACCAUGUGUAUGUAUGUAAUCCAUUUUAUGAAUAUGGAUUGUGGACAGAGCAGGAGGCAAUCAGUUGCCUGUCCAAACAUGUACCACGGCUUGCUAACUGAAUUUCCAUUUAUAUACGAGUAAUUAUAGCGAUAGAGACUACUUAGGUAUAGACUUCGUUUUGUAAUUAAAUAUCUUUCCUCAGACUACUACUAUGUUUACAUUUUACUGGAAAAAUUUGACUAAUGAACAUACAAUAUCA